AACCAUUAAGAGCUAGUAUAUUGCUUAACUAUUCAGAGGCAAAUGUCUGAUCAAUUCAGAUAACAGCUCUUAACCAUUCAGACGCUGUAUAAUACAUAACCAUUUAGAGGCAAAUCUCUUAACCAUUCAGACAUCUGAACCAUUAAGAGGCUGAAACAAACAGUCUGAACCAUUAAGUGCUGAAUCAUUCAGACAUCUGAACCAUUAAGAGGCUGACACAAACAGCCCCUUACUCUAAAAUCUUUUCUCUAGUUAAAAAAUAGAUUCCAUACCAUAGCCCCAACCACAUAUAACCCCAUUGAAACAGUAAAACAUCUUCCCAAGAACCAGAGACACAAGACUCAGAAUUAAUAUUGUUAUAUCACGAAUAAGAAACAUACUCCGUAUAAAUUUAUUGUUAAUUAAUCAAGAAAAAAUGUUAAAUUAUCAUACGGUUUGGCAAAACCAAUUUUUUUUUACAGUUGUAGGACACCGUUUUCAUGACAUCGAAUCACCAUACCAAAGCAUCCAAAUAAAGUUCAAGUUUAAAAAAUUUCAAUUAAAGAUCAAAAGAGAACUCAAUCACUUUUGAAAUUUGAAUUUAAAAGAUUUGAGAGAGUGAGAUGGAGAUGGACGGUGGGACAUAUCUGUGUGGCGGCAUAGCAAAUCUUUGAAGAUGAUGGUAGUGGUGGUACAACAAGCUGAGAGGGUGAAGGCACUAACGACUAUGGCAACGCACGAGGCGGUGAUUGCUAUGAGGGGUGAUUGCUUAAGAAUUAAAGAGUACGGAGUAAUAUUUUGGUUACAAAUACGGAGCUGAUGGACGGCGAAUCUCCUCCGCCCAAGCCUGAUGGGGAAAAUCCAACUGGGAAUCUCCUCCUCCGCCCAUCUUCGGGUGGAGCAGGCUUCUCGGAAGUGGGCGAAAGGGAAAUCCAAAUCCAUGAAAGAUACGAGGGAGAAAAGACCGAGUGACCUUCACCAGGGCGAUUCCAAGAAGGCCCGAAAGAAACCCCCGGUUGACGUCUCUUUUGCUAGAGGAGCUAUGGUUCGAAGAUGGGCGGAGGAGGAGAUUCGCCGUCUCUUCCGCUGAAGGUAGCAUUUGGAAUUAAUCUGGUCAGAUUGG